AUGGUACGGCCAGAUACAGCUACAUAUGAGUCACGGGGUAGCAAACGCUCUGGUGAAGGCAGUCCCCUUCGCGGUGCUGAUCAGCCCAAUGCGUUGCCUGACUCGAAACGCCAAAGACGGGGUAGAUAUGUCUCUCAGGCAUGUAUGCAAUGUCGCCAGCGAAAGGUCAAAUGUGAUGGGAACUUGCCUUGUCAACCUUGCCUCCUUAGCGGGCGACGAUGCUCCCAGAAUGCCAUCGAUCUACGACGUCGAACAUCUGUUAGAAAUGAAAUGUCUGCAAAUCAUGUGAGGGAAUCGAUGACUCGAGAAGACAUUGACAGUACGGAAAAUCCCGCUGUGAGGGGGGAGGAUGUGUCGACGAGAUUGGAUCGUGUCGAACGACAGUUGCAGUAUCUCAUUAAUGCUGUAUGCCCUGCUUUCAAUAGGCGUAACAGCAUCGAUGCAGGAACAGGCCCAGUGGAUGGACCAGGAUCGACCACCAUCGAAAACGGAUCCUUUACUACCUCGAAGGACAAGGCGCUUGUUCGUGAUGAGGUAAACUCUUUUUCCGGUGAAACUUCCAUCCGACAUGUAUUGGAGGAAGUUGAGGAACGCAUGGGGACAACUCAAGGCCACGGUGGUCCUGCCACCAACGCUCCACAUUCUCAAAUUUCCACACCGACCUUGACCCCACCACCUCAUCAUGAGAGGGGAGAAAAGAGUCCAGAGUAUAAUAGCCACCUAAAUAUAUUCCUAACAUACGGUAUCCAGCCUAAGCGACCGCAGUGGGAUAAGUCCUUGGACAUCUUUUGUACGGAAAUCCAUAUCUUGUAUCCGUUCUUACACCUACCAACACUCCGAAACAAUCACGCUGCCAUGUGGAAUAGUCUCGCUUUGUCUUCUGAACCUGACAUCCACAGAUCAAAAAUCUCCGAGAUAGCUCUGGCUCAGCUUCUCGUAUGCAUUGCUAUUGGACAGUGUACCGAGUCACCAAGGUUAGAGAAUCGAGAAGGACGACACUCAGCAGGUUGGAGCUUAUAUGGAGCAGCAUAUGGGUUAAUUGGCGACCUUCUUGACAGUUUCGGAAGCUGCCCAGAUUCACUACUACUUCUACAAACACUGGCCUUGAUGGUAAUCUAUCUUUUUCGUCUUGAUAUUUUUGGAAAGGCCGAAAAGCUUCUGGCUCUUGCUAUCAGCCACGCACAUCACCUUGGGCUACACCGAUCUAGGGUAAUCCAUAACUUGUCUCCUUUUCACAGUGAAAUGUCUCGACGGAUGUGGUGGAGUCUUUACAUCUUGGAUCGUCGCCUGGCUAUUGAGACCGGCCACCCAUUCUUGAUCCAAGAUAUCAAUGUUGACACGCCUUUACCUCGACCAGUAGAGGAUGACCAGCUUUCUGAUUCCCGUAAUUGCCCCAAUGCUGACCUAGACAUUCCUCAACCGUCGGAAGCAAAUGGUCCUCAUAUCACUUCGUUUCCCUACUUCAAAGCUAUGAUAACCUACUCCCAAGUUUUGGGGAAGGUCUGGGAGAGUCUCUAUGGCGCUAAAAGCUUGGAUCUGGCUCCCAACUAUCCUCUCCGUGAGCAUGUUGAGCGCCUGUUGUUCCGGGCUCAGAAAGAUAUCCAUCAGGACUUUGCCCAUCCCCACUAUGGACCACGCGCAACGCAACUUGCCGAAACGCCAUGGUGGCUGAUAAAGCAGCAAGCGCUAAUGCGAACUCGGUGGUUAUCCGUUCGCCUUCUAAUACGCAGGCCCCUGUUAUACGCGUCUGUUUCGCCUGACGGGACUCCUAUUGACUCGUUCGAGAACGAAAUGUCAUGCAUGCAAAUUGCCAAUAGCGUUAUUGAAGAGGUAUCUCAGUUCCCUGAGGAAAAGGCCAUCUUUACUUUUCCCUUCAUUCACUACCUGAUUGGGGCGACAAUAACCUCCCUCGGGCUCAUAAUGAAAGAGAAUACGUUCAAGGCUGCCUAUGGUGGUGCCACAGUUCAUGCCGUCCGAUUGCUGGAGUCUUAUUGCACCAAGACUUGGGUAUCUGGGAAGUUAAUACGAGUUGUUUCAAGGCUGAGGCAUAUGGCGUCUCGGUUAUGGAAAGAUGACAAUGUCGUGGGCUCGGGAGUCUCAGUAUAUAAACAUUCAUCUCGAGCUCCCGGGGUUCUGGAUAGUAGGGCUCGACCAACAGGGAUUGGCAGUGGUGAAGGUCCUUCCAUGGCUCACCCAAGCCAAAUACCAAGCGACCCGUUAGUGGAGGAACAUGAAAUCGUCGGACCACCGGAUAUGAACGUUUGUUCGGGUGUACGAGGCGACUCCACCUCUCAGAUGCCACCUUUGUACGGGCCAGAUAUUACUGGGCCUUGCUUGCCUACGCAGGUUCUGUCAUUCGAUGGCCUGGCCAGCCUAGUUAUGUCUGACUUUGACUUUGAGGAGGGCGUUCCGAUUGGUACUGGAUCUGGAAUACAUCCUACACAAGGUCCUGCAUGCAUACACCCCUUACCAAACGACCAGCCAGAAGGCGGUGCGUGCACCAGUCAUACUACUUCGAGAUCCUUGGUUAUGCAUAAUGAACAUGCUGUUGGUGAAUUUGGAGAUAGUGGGUUGGGGGAAAUGGAAUGGCUAGAAGCUUUGUUUGGCAAUUAUGUCAACUCUGAUUUUAUACAUGGUCAAUACACGUGA